UCCGUGUUAUGCAAUUUAAUUGGAAAAAUCGAAAGUUUUCGGAUAAAAAGAAAAAUGUUAUGAUCCGUUGUAAGGAUGAUGUUGAAUCAAAUUUUGUUGUGAUGUUAAAGAAAAUUAUAAAUGGUGAUGAACAGAAGGAAGAAUAUCAAUCACAAUAUGUCAGAAGUAAAGUUUGCCCAAAUGAUGAAUAUUUGUUAAUGGUAUUUGAAGAUAGCAUGCAGGUAUAG